GCCCGUCCCCACGGUCCCCCGCGGUGCCCGCAGCCAUGAGUCAGGCGUUUUGUCACAGAGACGAGGGAAGCACAGAUGCUGGCCCGCGAGGCUCGGCCGGCCCCUCCAUCCUCCCGCCCGACCCGCCGAGGUGCAGCGGGAGGGUGGAGCCGGGGGGAGUCGAGGGGGGAGGUGAGGAGGCGCAGAGGCGGUCCCCAGCGGGCUGCGCCACCCACGCCGCCCCGCCCCGCGCCGCCCCGCCUCCCGGUGACCGCGGCGGGAGAGCGGGCGAGCGGCUGAGCGCGGCUCAGCCGGGAGACAGGAUGUUUGCCGUGGUGACCCGCCAGCCUUGUGAUCCGGCAGGCUGCAGGGCCCUCUCGAGGACUCCAGCCAUCGUCACCUGGGUGAUCUUGCUGGUGAGCACCGUGGUGCUGGUGACUCUCACACUUAUCCAGGUCCGCCACCCGCAGGUCCUCCCUCCAGGACUGAAGUAUGGAAUCGUGCUGGACGCUGGCUCCUCCAGAACCACUGUGUACGUGUAUGAGUGGCCGGCAGAGAAGGAGAACGACACGGGAGUGGUCACCCAGGCCUUCAAGUGCAGCGUGAACGGCUCUGGGAUCUCCAGCUAUGAGAACAAUCCCCAGGACGCCCCCCGGGCCUUUGAGGACUGCAUGCUGAAGGUCAGGGCACGGGUUCCAGAGCACCUCCACAGCUCCACCCGCGUUUACCUGGGAGCCACAGCGGGGAUGCGCUUGCUGAGGUUGCAGAACGAGACGGCAGCCCGUGAAGUCCUCGAGAGCAUCCAGAGCUACUUCAAGUCCCAGCCUUUUGAUUUUAGGGGUGCCCAGAUCAUUUCCGGGCAGGAGGAAGGGGUGUAUGGAUGGAUUACAGCCAACUAUAUAAUGGGCAAUUUCCUGGAGAAGAGCCUGUGGCACUCGUGGGUGCACCCGCACGGAGUAGACACCACGGGAGCCCUGGAUUUAGGCGGCGCCUCCACCCAGAUAUCCUUUGUGGCGGGAGGGAAGAUGGAGCGCAACGCCAGUGACACCGUGCAGGUGUCCCUGUACGGCUACACGUACACGCUCUACACACACAGCUUCCAGUGUUACGGCCGGAACGAGGCGGAGAAGAGGUUCCUGGCGCUGCUUCUGCAGAGCGCCCCCUCCGACACCGAGGUCAGCAACCCCUGCUACCCACUGGGCUACCGCGCCACCUUCACCCUGGGCCGCGUGUUCGACAGCCUGUGCACGGAGAAGCAGAGGCCGCAGGCCUUCAGCUCCAGCCGCAACGUCACCUUCACGGGGACCGGCGACCCGUGGCUGUGCAGGGAGAAGGUGGCCGCUGUGUUUGACUUCGGAGCUUGCCAGGGGCAGGAGGCUUGUUCCUUUGAUGGCGUUUACCAGCCCAAGGUCCGAGGGCCGUUUGUGGCCUUUGCAGGGUUCUAUUACACGGCCAGCGCACUAAACCUCUCCGGGAGCUUCUCCCUCGCCUCCUUUAACGACAGCAGCUGGGACUUCUGCAGACACGCCUGGAGCGAGCUCCCGUCCCUGCUCCCCAGAUUUGAUGAGGUGUACGCCCGGUCCUACUGCUUCUCCGCCCACUAUAUCUUCCACCUGCUCGUCAAUGGAUACAAGUUCACCGAGGAGACGUGGCCUCAGAUACGUUUCGAAAAAGAAGUGGGGAACAGCAGCAUCUCCUGGUCCCUAGGCUACAUGCUCAGCUUGACCAACCAGAUCCCAGCUGAAAGCCCCCUGAUCCGCCUACCCAUACAGCCGCCGGUGUUUAUGGGAGUCCUGGCCUUCUUCACAGCUGUGGCCUUGCUGUGCCUGGCAUUUCUUGUGUACCUGUGUUCAGCAUUCAGGACAAAGGAGCGCUCUGAGAAUGCCUUCGACCAAGCAGUGGAUUCUGACUGAGUCCGAGGACUGACUCCAGGUGGCAUGAGCCCAGUGGCUGCCACAGGACCUGCUCCACAGUUAAUUGCCAUGGCCAUGUGCCUCUUAGCUACUGGCUCCUGCCACAGCCCCUCCUGGAAGCCUCUCAGCCACCCAGUGAGGGCGCCCUGCAGCCCUCCCCACGCGCUUGCUGAUCCGCUGGGGAUCAAGGAGACACAGGCGACCAAGGCCAGGGCUCUACCCGUCUACUCCAGAGAAAGCUGAGAAAAUAAUGAUUUAAUGUGGGAGAAUUGGCCACAGGGCUCAGUUUCCAUUUUCUCUGCGACUGUAUUCCUCCUAGCAAGACACCCACGAAGGCUCUGACACGGCAUUUCACCCCGUGGCUUUGUCCCAUGGAUCCUUUGUAAGGCUUUCCUGUUCUCUAGCUGUGAGCCCUGCCCUAUCUGCAGCCACUAAGACUUUCUUUUAGCAGUCCUGUAGGCAUUAAGCUCCCUGGCUGUAGGUUGUACAUUUAGUGGGUAGGAAGAUAUGUUUGGGACAGAGUCUCAUGUAGCCCAUGCUAGCUUCAAACUCCCUCUGCAGCCUAAGGUGGCUCUGAACUUCUGACCAGUUCCUAGGUGCUGGGGCUUCAUGCAUGCUAGGCAAGGAUUCUACAACUGAGCCUCAUGCCCGGCCCAAGGCGACCCUACAGUGCCAAGGACAGCUGGCCUCUGUCAUGCAGGCAGAACCUGAAGCACAAAGACACACAGAGGUCCCUAAUAUGGGCCCUGUUCUCAUUGUGGAAUUCCCGCUCGCAGUCUUGAGAUUGUUCCUGGGUGUGUGUGUGUCGGCAUCCUUAUGGAACUGUCUCACUGCUGUGCCUCUCUAAAUCCCACCCAGUUGCCUGCAUUAGGAUGGAGCUCACUCACCCAGCAAGGCUCCCGCUCAGGCUGCUUUUGGGCUGUCAGGGUGGCAUGCAUUUCCACCACUCCUUCAGGUACCCUUCCUUGAUCCCGCCUUAAGACAUCCCAGUCUGGAAUCUGCUGACCAGUUACUUUCCUCAAUCCCAAUUCCAGUUCUGCCUGCACAGCUGCUGCACAUUUUGACUUUGGGAAGGGAAAAAGUAGUCUUGGGAGUAUUUGCCUCCAAAGUGGGAUGAGAAUGAUCCUCAAGUCCAGUAGCUGUGAGCUACAAAUCAGUCCUGUUUCACAUGGCUGCUGGUUGGCUCCAAAUGAAAUAAACUCUUAUUUUUAUUCUGCA